AAAUUGUAUUUUCGUGGGUAGGGUUUAAGCUGCCUUCCUCAGGCCCCCACGAUCCAAUCACAUGAACCUCUGAACCAGAAAUGGCCUCGUUCUCCAGAUCAGUUCUAACGGCUGGUUCGAGGUCCCUCGCCGCUCGUUCCAAAACUCCAAACCUUAAAUCCCUGUGCCCGAAACCCAUUCCCUCUCCUGCGGUUUCUUCAUCGACGAGAGCCAUCCCUCGCGCUUCAAGGAUUGUUUCGGUGUUGGGGAGCAUCGAGUCAAUGAUGCCACUUCACAGCGCCAUUGCUUGUGCUCGGCUUAAAUCCAGCAUCGCCGUCGAUUCCUCCUGCUGGAGCUGUCUUUCUCAAGGACUUGCAAUGCCAUUGUGACAGGGUCUUGCUGGAUUUUUUGGGACAAUAAAUGCUAGGAUAUAUUUCUUCAUCACUCCGUGGAUAGGAGGAAAGCCUUCUAAUGUUAAUUUUUUGUAAUCUGUAUUGAGCAGUAGUAGAUGCAAACUUCUUUACCCAACUUUCAAAGAUAUUUUGCCUUUUUUAAGUUUUGAUUUUAUUGAUUUUUCAAGAGCCAUGGAUCAUGUGGAUACGUCAUUGGUACUUUGAGUUAUAAUAUCCUUUUAAGUUACUGUUAAA